AUGGGUUCCAGCUUCAACAACAGCUCCGGCCUGGCCCUGGAAAGGGGCCUGUGGGCUGGAGCCGCCGUGGCCACAGUCAUUGUCACUCUCCGCAUUAUCGCCAAGUUCAAGAUUCACCAUUUCCGCCUGGACGACAUCCUGAUGCUCGUAGCUCUGGCCCUGACCAUCGCAUCCACGGUGUGCCUGACUCUGUGCGUGAAUUAUGGCUUCGGCUCGGACCUCACCAAGCUCGACCGCCACGACCAGGAGGGGGUCCUCAAGUACAUCGCCAUCCAGGUGCCGCUGGUCACCUUCAGCACGGGCAUCGCGCGCUUCUCCUUCGCCUAUUAUCUGAUCGGCAUCCUGGGCGGGAACAAGAAGUACAUGAUCGCGCUGUGGGCGGCCGGAUUGCUGCAGCUGGCGUGCAAUAUCGUGUCUGCGGUGCUGCCGCUGAGUAUCUGCAAGGAUGUGCGCAUCCUGUGGGAUGCCUCCAUCAAGACCACCUGCGGGAACAGCACCGAUGUCGUGGACUUUUCCUACUUCUCCUCCUCUAACCGGAAGAAUGCAGCCGUCAACACCACCACAGACCUCUUCCUCGCCAUCUUCCCCACCGUCAUCUUCUGGAACCUGAACCUGAAAACGAGCAUCAAGAUCUCGCUCAUCGGCCUGCUCAGUCUGGGCGUCGUAGCAAUGGUCGCCUCCAUCAUCAAAACCACCAAACUCGACGAAGUGCCCAGCGUCGUGAACCUGGGGGCCGGGGGCGCCGUCGGCCUGAUCCGCUGGGGCUACGCCGAGAACCUGAUCAUCAUCAUCACGUCGUCGGUGCCGUGCAUCCGGCCGCUGCUGAUGUCGUCGGUGCGCAAGUUCUCCAGCGCGGCGCGGUCGCGGUCGUACGAGCUCACCGGCCCGUUCUCGGGGAACAAGGGCACGUCGAAGAACGCGACGGCGCAGUCGCGCAUGCGCGAGCAGCAUACGUCGGAGAACCAGCACGAUGAUGACUGCGAUAGCAUCGAGCAGAUCCUCAAGGAUCUGCAUAAGCCGCAGAGUGUCCUGGACCGGGGCAAUAAUACUGGGGCUGGGGCUGGGGGCGGGCGUGGGAUUCAGAAACAGGUGGAGAUUUCGAUUGUUUCGAAUCAGAGGAGUGGGAGGGGGUUUGAGUAG